AAGUAAGACGUGCCUAACAGUGUCUGACAAUAUCGUAUUGGUUAUGGGUUUUCAAGACAAUUUAGACUUAAAAGCAAAUAGAGUGUGAACGUUAAGUAGAAUCGAUUGGACAUUUAAAUAGAAAUUUUCUUUGACGAAUAUAACAAAGAAAUUGAUUCAUUACUCGUUCGCAGGCGGACGCAGCAAAUAGUGUGAGGUAUUUUUGGACCAAAUGGCGUGUUACAUUUUUAAGAAAUCAACAGGAUUACUAAAUCGUGUUUUGUGAUAAGCUAAUAACGGUUUCAACGAUGGAGUGUCCUAUAUUUUUAAACGUUGAGCCGGCAGAAAAUGACAGUCCAUGUAGCUUUUAUUGUGACAAUCUUUUUGUUGAUGAUACCUCUACAAUGCGGAGGCACAGUAUGCCACCUAGUCCAUUCCGAUUAUCACUUUCAUCCAAUGACGUAAGAAAUCCUGAAGUAUUACGUCGCGUUCGGUCGUUCAAAACAACGUCUAAAGGUGUUGUAAACAAGGGUGAUAUUUACCGCAAACGUGGAUCGGUUGGUUUAAAUGUGACGUCAGGACUUACUGUAACGUCAUCUGAUAUUGAUUUAACCGCAUCAACGCGUGAUCGAUCACGCUUACCAAGCGUGACAUCACAAGCAAGCAGUGCCAACAGUUUUGCGUCAUCAGGAGCACCAUCAUACUACAGAGUUCUCGUCCUUGGCUCCCCUGGGGUUGGGAAGUCAGCGCUCAUUAACCAAUUUAUGUCUUCAGAGAACAAUACUAGUGAUGAUAUGAGCGCUACUGAUAGCACAGUGUCUGUGAUGUUGGAUGGCGAAGAAUCCCUGCUGGAAUUCUGUAAUUACCAAGAUGAGCAGUUUCCAGAAGAAGAUAUCAACGUGGACGCCUACAUGGUAGUAUUCUCCAUAACGGAUAAAGAGACGUAUGACUAUGCUGUCCAGCUCGUACGUUACCUUAGAAACGAGCUUACCACUGACAAAAGCAUAUUCUUUGUUGGGAACAAAACGGACCUAGUCCGGAAACGUACAGUGGAAAAAAAUGAUGCCCGCUUGUGCGCUUCGUACUACAACUGUAAAUACGUUGAGACGUCUGCGUCUCUAAACCACCACGUGGACAACCUACUUGUCGGAAUCCUUACACAAAUAAGACUUAAGCUCAAUCCGAACAAACUCCUACAACAGAUGGAGAAGUUGACUGCACCAGGUCGUAUAAAGCAUCGCCAUGGCUCACUUAAAUCUGCUCGAAGUGUGCUCCAAAAACUUUUUAACCGACAAAAGUCCUUGUCAUGUGACCAUUUAUAUGACCUUUGACAUGGUUUGUGUUAAUUGACAUAUAUUCCAGGUUUUAUUAUAAAACUGAAAGUCGUUCGAAUAAUGGAACGAAACAACAAAGCGUCCGUGCGUUCUAAUACCAGGUCUUGGUAACCACAAAUAAUGUGUAGUGGGUUUUGCUAUCAGAGUGACCGACGAAAGUCUAUCAAAUGCGACCAUCUGUACUCUUUAUGACAACCUUUUCUUCCAUGCUUCAGUAUUAUAAGGACUAUUUAUUUAAGUUUUAUAUCAUUGAUAAAUAAAAUUUCCAAUUAAUGAUCUAUUGAGGUCAGAAUAAGAUAAAGUGGUGGAGUAAUCAUUUGAAUAUUUAUAGGAAAAACUAGAGAAACAAGUACAGUUGUGGAAUGAGUAAACAUACACCCCGUUCACUGGCACAGGGUCAAAUCCAAUGACAUAGAUUAGAAAAACAAACAUUCAUAAUCAACCACAUCAAUACAUUGUUUAGAAACUAUUUCGUGUAUCUCUGUAGGCAAUUUAGAAUUGAGUUUUACUACUGGACUUGCAUAGAAACAGAGUGAAACAAGUAUAUCGUACUGUUUCCGUGAGUAAAUCGGUUCUAUUAUUGUAGCAACUAGCUCGACAAAGUUAAAGUCAAGCAAGUAAUUGAAUGACCUCGAAACGCAUUAUGCCCAUGAGUACAGUUACUUUCAUAAGCUUUGGUAAUGGAUUUUACUGAUUCUGAACCACUGUAUACAAUAUAGGUUGAUGUAUUUUAUAAAGUUUUAAUGCAUUUAUAUGUUUCUCCUAUAUGAAUUUAAUGUGCAAAACAAAACAAAAUGAUUUGUUUUUGGAUAAAAAAUAUUAGGUUUUAAAUAAAUUGGAUUUUAAUUGAUAGGUACGUGGUCACAAAGAUUUCGCUAUUUGGUAUCUGUGCCAAAAUCAUAUGGUGCACUAAUUAAAUUAUUUCAACACAAUAAUGUUUGCAUCUAUCAAGUGUAACCCAUAGUGUGCCACUCAUAUUUAUUAAAGUGCAUUUUAAAAUUAAGAGUUAAAUGUUUUUUUUUAUGCUGGAUAGACAAGUCAACCACCAAACAACAGUAUGAACUACCAGAUUCUGUGUAAUUUUAUUUCUUUUCGUGUUCAAUGUCGAUCUAUGCUUUCACGAAUUUUCAUCUUCUUGGAAAAAUAUGAAUAAGUGAAUAAAUGUUAUUUACAUAUAAACUAGCUUAACCCUAUUACCAUUGUCCGACAACGAGUAAAAUAAUCAUAGCCUUACUCGGGUUUCCUUUGUAGCUUCGGUCCUUGGCCUUUUCACGAUUUUUACAUAUUCUUCGCCAUGCUGACAGUAGCAUGUCGCAGAAAACAUGUUGCCACUAUUGACCGUGUGCCAAUUAUAAGACUUAUUAAUACUUUGAUAUCAGUUUAAUUCAGAGACAUCUUGUUUCCAUAAAAGUUUAAACGGAAACGAAUGUAUUUGAAAUAACCAGGACAUGCCUGAGUGCCAACGCAUCCUUUAAUGCUGUAUAAAAAAUGAGACCACAAAACACACAGCCAAAUAAACAUUCGACAUAAAGGCAAACGCAGAAAAUUGCACAAUAACAUAUAUGGUAAAAGUGUGUUUACGUGCUGAAUCAAACGACAUCAGGAUGUUUAUCCGACGACAAAAAUACUGUCCUGGCAAGAGCUGCUAAAUAAAUAUCAUGUUCUUCCUUUGAAGCCAAACAUAUGUCAAUUGAAUUGUAAAUUAUUCGAUUGGGUUGCUUUUAUUUCUAUCUGGGAUUGUAUAUGAUAUCAUAUCAUUUACGUUGCGGAAUUUGGUUUUAUUAAAACGUGAUGAAAUCAGAAAGCCUGAAUGCUUCAUUUGGUGUUAUUCAAUAAUAAAUCAUGGACGAAACGCUUGUUUUUGUAUAUAAAUAGAAACAUUAUUGUUGUUUAGAAAUGUAUUUACGACAUAUAAAUUAAAUCAUAGAUGCGAUGUUUUAUACCAUAUCAGUAUCAUAUAACUGAAUACUUAGAUGAUCGCAUACACUUAUUAACUGCAUAUGAUACUGAUUGUUCACAGCUACAUAAAUAUAUUGUUAGAAUAUGUGUUAAUGUGUUUGAUUCAUAAUAUCAUUACAAACUAUGGAUAAAAUUGGUUUGCGUAUUAAUUUGUCAAACAUAUUUGUUCAGAAAUAAAAAAAUGUUAUAAUA